AUGACAGUAUAUAAGUGUGGGGACAGGGGUUCAGAUUAUCACUUUCUCCUCUGCCACAGGGUGAAGUAUUCGGCAAUGAAGCUCUACAACUUGGCUAUCCUGGUCCUUUUUUGCCUUGGCAUCCUCACCAUGCACACAGCGAGAGGGAGUGUAGGAAGUCAAAUUAUAAGAAGAAGUUCCUGCAUAAACCUAUCAACAAAGCAGCUAGACAUAAGAGGGCUUGCCAAUUAUGAAAAUCAGAACAUACCAGUAAAAGCCGUUAUGUUCAUCACCAAGGAAGGCAUCAAAAUCUGUGUGGAGCCCGAACUCAAAUGGGUGAAGCAAGCCAUAAAAUACCUAGAUCAAAGACAUGUCAUCAGAAGAACCACUAUCAAGCCCAAGCCCAAGCCCAAACCCAAACCCAAACCCAAGCCAUCUAACUAAAUGGAGAUGCCACUGAAACCAUAAGCAACUGCUUGUAACUCCAACUUGGUAACUGAUAAUAAAGUCUCUGAACUAACACAGGCUGAUCAGAACCUUCCUCUAUUCAUUUUCAUUCUGCAGCUGGACUCUUCUACAUUGUUCUCAGAUUUAUUUACUGCAAAAUAUGUUCAUUAUUUAUGAUUGUGUGUGAGCAGUUUUCUCCGAGCAGGGUGGACUAUGGACUGCCCUUUAAUAUGCUGACAGGGUUUCUGUCAAAGACCGAUGACAGAAGUCUUUAUUUAUAAGAGGGAAGGAAAACAUGCAGGGUGUUGCCUGUCUAUGGAACUCGUUGCUGAAAUAGGUUACAGGAGCUGACAUUGGGGCCCUAUUUGAAAAAUGUGCUGCAUAAUAUAGUGAUGGAAAAACUACUUAAGCUAUAAGUAAGCAAAGUAAGUUUCAGCCCAUCAGCUGCUAAUUGCAAUGUGCAGGAUACAAUUGUUUGCCUUUCUAUUCCUCUUUGUAACAUAGUGUGAUGAUGUAGCUGGGUCUGAUUCUCCUCUCACUUUCUAACAGUGCAAAUAUAUUGGGUUGGGUUGAUUUCCAAUGUGAAUUGCACUAAAUGUGCACUUAUUCAGAGUAUUUCUAUGUAGAUUUACGAUGAGGAAGGAUCUAGCCUACCAACUUCUGUGAAGUUACUGCUGAUUUACACUGGUCUGAGAUACAUCUGAGAUGAGCACUUUGUUUUUAUCUUUGCUUUUUUAUGCAGCAUUAAAUUUCAGCAAUGACUGUAUUUUAUUUCAAUCCUGUAUAGCAAAUUCUCAAGCCCAAACUAAUGUAGAGGCUGGUGCAAUGGAAAUAGUUAUAUUCUCUGUAAAUGUUAAUUUCAUUUUAAAAUGGAUUAAGUCUAAUAAUUCAUGGACUUUUUGGACAUUAAUAAAAAUCUUG